AUGUUGGAUAAAUUUAUAAUUAUAUUAUUUAGUUUAUAUUUUGUUAUUGGAUAUCCAUAUCCAUUUCCAUUUCGAUAUCCACGGCAUCGUGAUCAUGAUUUCGAUGAUCAUGAUCACGAUGAUAUAUCAUCACUUGAAUCAAAUAAAUCAUGUUUACUAAGUUCCUUCUCAAAAGGUGUUUGCCGUUCGAUACUAAAAUGUCCGAUUGCAUUAGAAAUGCUCGAAGAAUCAAAUAAACAUAAUUUACCACGAUGUGGUUUUCGUGAUCGUGUAGAAAUCGUAUGCUGUCCAAUAACAUCAACACGAAUUUCCACGGGCAGUACAUCAUCGACAACACGCGGCACAACUUCAACGACCACCGUACGACCAACUCGAACCACAACAGUACGACCGAUGCGGACCACAGUCAAACCGACACGAUUUAAUACCGAUUGGAUUGUUUCACCGGAUAUAAUUGAUUCGUUUACAACGUCUACAACGACCACAGAACGUGCAGAAUUUAGAGAAAAUGAAAAUGGCGGAAACGGAAAUGAUGGUGACGAUGAGGAUACUAGAAUCGGAACGGUUAGAGUUGGAACACGUAGUACUCAAGCUUGUUUGGAGUAUAAUAAUGAAGUAUCAUUAGAACUACAAUUCAAUAUAUUAGGUGGUACAAAUGCAACACUUGGGGAAUUCCCUCAUAUGGCUGCAAUUAACUAUGAAUACGAUGGUGAAGAUCAUUUUAAUUGUGGUGGCAGUUUGAUAAGUGAUCGUUAUGUGUUAACAGCCGCUCAUUGUAUAUUGCGUACGGAUAAUCGAAAACCAACAAAAGUGCGAUUGGGUAAAAUUGAUUUACUAGAACGAAAUGAUAAUGCAGAUCCACAAGAUUAUGUUGUUGAAGAUAUCAUUGUACAUCCGGAAUAUCGAAGCACCCAACAUUAUAACGACAUUGCAUUGUUACGCCUUCGUGAUCGCGUACGAUACAAUAAAAAUGUUUAUCCAGCAUGUUUAUACACUAACAGUACUGUUACACGUGGUUUAGUUGUAACUGGUUGGGGUAUCACCGACGUUUUACAGGGUGAUCCAAGCCAAUUUUUAAAGAAAGCUACCUUGGAAUUAGUUGAUCAAACACAAUGUAACGAUACAUACGCACCACGUCCAGAUCGACGCCUAACACGGGGUAUUGUUAAAAGUCAAUUAUGUGCAAGUGGUGAACGUGUCCGAGAUGCUUGUGAAGGAGAUAGUGGUGGCCCAAUUCAAGUACAAUCUGGUCCUACCAAUAAUAUGUGGUAUGUUGUGGGUGUAACAUCGUUUGGAGUAUCGUGUGGAAGUCGAUAUCCGGGGGUUUAUGCACGUGUUAGUGAAUAUCUUGAUUGGAUUGAAAAAAACGUUUGGCAAAAUUAAAUUUGACUGAAGAUUAAUUUAAUAAUUGAAUAUUUUUAUACUCUAGUAUUAAUAGUCUGGCCAAGGUAAAAAGUGUUCAACCAUUUUCGUAGAGUUUCGGAAUCAAUGAAAAUAAUAGAUUGACUGACAUUGAAACAGGUAGAUAAAAAUACCAUUUUCCGUUUGAUAUAUGCAGUGAAACCUUAAUUACUCGAAUCUCGUUCACAAUUCUCGGAAAGUCGAAUGAAAACGCCAUUUUCUUGCGUAGAACCCCUAAAUGCGCGGUAUCUCCGUUUACGUUUAGUGGAAAACCGGCAUUAAGCCGAAAACUCAUUAACUAAAGGUUUUUUGCAUUUACCUUGACGUUCGUGGUAUCGAAGUUCCACUAUAGUUAAUUUUAGAAAAUGUUUUUUUAACAAAUACCCAAAUUCUCGAAAAUGCUUCGUAUUUGCCUUGACAGUUUCUUAGACAAUAAAAAAUGUUUGGCAAUUUUGUAUAUAAAAAAACCUCGCGAUUUUACCUUAAUUUCGUUAACAUUUU